AAAAUAACAGAUAAACAAGAUAGCCACCAAACUGCCAGAGCACUUUUGGAUUGGUCAUUCAUGGCUCUGAGCAUUGCAUCUUCUUCAUUGACAAGCGUUCCUACCAGAAUCAGGGAUGUACCUCAAAAAUCUUUGCUGGGGAAAAUUGCAACAUGCCAACCAAGGAAAGCUGAAGUAAAAGUGAAUGCAACUAAAGGGGUAUCGAGUGUGUGUGAACCUCUCCCUCCGGAUAGACCUUUGUGGUUCCCUGGUAGUUCACCUCCCGAAUGGCUAGAUGGAAGUCUUCCAGGAGAUUUUGGCUUCGAUCCACUUGGAUUAGGAUCUGAUCCGGAAUUGCUGAAAUGGUUUGCCCAGGCUGAGCUAAUGCACAGUAGGUGGGCAAUGCUUGCCGUGACCGGAAUCCUCGUUCCAGAAUGGCUUGAAAGUUUAGGCUUCAUUGAGAACUACAAUUGGUUUGAUGCUGGUGCACGGGAAUACUUUGCGGAUCCAACAACCUUGUUUUUAGUGCAGUUAGUCUUGAUGGGUUGGGCUGAGGGAAGAAGAUGGGCAGAUAUGAUUAAGCCUGGGUGUGUUGACAUAGAGCCUACAUUGCCAAACAAAUCAAAACCAAAGCCAGACGUUGGUUACCCAGGUGGGUUAUGGUUUGAUCCCCUUGCUUGGGGUAGAGGGUCCCCAGAGCCUGUAAUGGUUUUGAGAACUAAGGAGAUUAAGAAUGGGCGUUUAGCUAUGCUAGCAUUUGUUGGCUUCUGCUUCCAGGCCAUUUAUACUGGGGAAGGUCCCAUUGAAAAUUUGAUGGCUCACAUUGCAGAUCCUGGUCACUGCAAUAUAUUUUCCGCUUUCACAACUCGGUGAUGGUGAGGGCGUAAUCAGAUACAGCCAGCAAACCAGAGCCUACGUAAAUUGCCUGAUUUCUUGGAUUCUGAAAGGAUGGAUAAUCUGUAAACGCCAGGGAAGCCAAGGAAACCUAGUUCAAUGUUUUUGCUUUUAACUUAUUUUGCCUUUUGUGGUGUUCCAUUUUGGUAAGUAUAUAUAGAGAUCAUCAAAUGAUAGGCCAGGUCCAGUUAACGAUCAGCAAUAUAUGACACAAAGUGGAUCUCUAGUCAUUGUAAGAGUAGUGAAAUUUGCAGCGAGACUAAUGAAUGUUAUGAUCAUGUAAACAUAUCUUCUUUUUAGUCUAGUCUCUCAUCCUUUCCAUUAAAUUCAUGUAACGGGAAAAUAUAAAUCUUUGUGAAAUUUCCCAUAUGAUAAAAUGUUGUUUAGUCA